GGUGAGUAAAUGAUGACAGAUUUUUCAUUUUACGGUGAAGUAUCCAUUUAAAUGUGAUGACAUUGAACAUUUUGAAUGACAAAGGGGCAAAUUCUUGUUUGCAUUGGCAUUACAUCAAAUGUACAGUGUUUACUGGUGCCUGUUGGAUUGAAUUUAAAGGAACAGCACACCAAUUAAAAACAUCUCUGUUCUAACAAACAUGCGGUAAAACCAAAAAGCCAUAAUGCCCCGAUCAUUCUUUAUUCUUUUACGAAUAUUUUGUUUUAUUCUACCUUAGUCAUUUCAAGGCAGGGGCCCAUUAAACAAUAAACGGAAUAUUUUCCAACGCAGCUUAUCUUUGCUGUGAUUCCAGUCUAUUUAUCUGUCCCUAUGGAAACGCAAAUGCUUUUCAUUGUUAUUCCAUGGGGAAUGUCAGCAUUAUUGUGCAGUGACCUUUACUCCCAUCCUCACCGUCUCCCAGCCUGUCUGAGGGAAAGGUUGCAGUCUAACUCUGACUAGAAAUUACAUAACCUUGCUGUUUGACAGCACCACACAUCAAAUCCAGAAAGUCAGGGAGGCGGGAGAUCUGGGAAACAGGGAUUGGUUACCUGUCAGAUCUGGAAAGUUCCAAACAAAGUUAUGAGCAGCUUCACUGAGCCUCCAAAACACGACACACACACACUGCGCGAGGCAACAUGGGAGAGGUACAGAUCGUACAUGAGGUUAGAAAUGACGCAGCUGACGGGUUAAAUGGGCAUUUGGCGGAGGUGAAAGAGUUGAUUGGACGAUCUCUAGAAGCCAAAAAGUUUGCAUACUGUCCCUACAGCAAGUUUAGAGUCGGGGCGGCACUUCUGACACACGACGGGACGGUUUUCACAGGAUGUAAUGUGGAGAACGCGUGCUUCUGUUUGGGAAUCUGUGCAGAGAGAACCGCCAUCUCAAAAGCCGUCUCUGAGGGACACAGAGAUUUCAAAGCCAUCGCAAUCGCAAGUGAUAUGUGUGAGCAGUUCAUUUCUCCAUGUGGUGGCUGCAGACAGUUUAUGAGAGAGUUUGGUGCUAACUGGGAUGUGUAUUUGUCCAAACCUGAUGGCUCCUAUGUGGAGAUGAGAGUUGGGGACCUGCUGCCUGCAUCUUUUGGCCCAGAGGACUUAAAAGUGAAGAAAAAUAAUAUUAUGAAUGAGUUUUGAAGACUUGUGUUCUAGAGCAGUGGUUCUUUUUGUCGUAAGGGCCCCUUGUGUAGGGUGCAUCACUCCCCACCAAAUAAAGACGUAAUGAUCUUAAACUUAAAAUGUUAAUUUCAUAAAAUGCCACAAAAACUUCAACCCUCUUAGAUCCAUCUAAAUGUCCCCCAGUUUGAGAACCACUGUUCUAGAGGAUGUGAUUUACAGGAGCUUACCUGAAGACGUGUAUAGGUGUUAUGAAUGCUGUAUAAAACUGUGUAUUAAAAGACAUGUAUGUACUGUACAUUAUAUUCAUGAAUAUAAAUAGUUUUUCCUUUAAAUAAACAUACGAUCGAUCUUA